AUGGAAGGUCCACUGUCGAAGUGGACCAAUGUGGUUCACGGAUGGCAGUAUAGAUGGUUUGUACUUGGCGAUGACACGUUAUGUUAUUAUACGUCAAAAGACAAGAUGAUGAGACGUCAGCAGCGAGGCUGUAUUCGUUUGAGGGGUGCUGCGAUUGGGAUUGACGCCGAAAACACUUCUUUAUUCACCAUCACUGUUGAUAACAAAACAUUCCAUAUGCAAGGUCGUGAUCGGAAGGAACGUGAUAGUUGGGUGAGAGCAUUGGAAGAAGUAAUUCAUCGAUACAGUGGAUAUUACCGACCACGUCAACAAACAUCUACAAUGAACACUUUGAAAGCGAAGAUUAUCGAAGCAGAUAAACAUCUUCAGGAUAUGAUAACUGAAGUGAAGGAAUUAGAAAGUUUUGCCAGUAAAGCAGAGGGGCAAACCAAAAAUACAGUUGAAGAAUUGUUGCGAUCGGCCAAACGUCUUCUCGAUACAGUAAAACACGCAGUGAUUUUAUUGCAAAUGGCCAGAAAUAGUGUAGAAGCAGUGUCGUUCUCAGACACUGCACAGGAUGGUGACAGUGAGGAUGUGGAUGAACUACAGCUGAAAACAUCGAAUAAGAGUGAUAUUGUCGACAUAAUUGCUCCGUUGUCGUAUUCAAGUAGUGAAGAAGAAUUUUUUGAUGCGGAAAGUCCUUUGGAAGAAGUGAUUGAGAGUGAGAAUGUGGUGAAUAAGUCGAAAGGGAGUGUUACUGGAGUGAGUUAUGGAGAUGAAGAGGAGGAUUUCGAUGCUUUAUAUGAUGAUACUGAAGAGACUGAUGUUGGUAACGUUCAGCAACAACACGGUUCUGUGCUUAUGCAUCUCCUUUCACAAGUGAGCGUUGGAAUGGAUUUAACAAAAGUUACAUUACCAACGUUCAUACUGGAACGUCGAUCAUUAUUGGAGAUGUAUGCCGACUUCUUUGCACAUCCGGAUAGUUUUGUUGUAGCGUGUGAUCUAGCGUCACCUGAAGAUCGAUUCAUCGCUGUUGUUCGUUAUUAUCUUGGUGCAUUCUACGCAGCCCGUAAGAGUGGUGUUGCCAAGAAGCCAUAUAAUCCGAUUCUUGGCGAAACCUUUCGAUGUCGAUGGAAUGUACCUCAGUUGGCAUCCAGUGGUCAGAAAACGUGUCGAGGUCCGUUCCCUGGCUCAGACGUCAACCAGUUGACGUUCAUAGCUGAACAAGUCAGUCAUCAUCCGCCUAUAUCGGCAUUUUAUGCUGAAUUACCUUCCAAAAAGAUUUCAAUUAAUGCACAUAUUUGGACCAAAUCGUCAUUUCUUGGAGUGGCAAAUGUAGGCUGGGCUACAGUGAAGUUACAUGAAUUUGAUGAAGAGUAUACGGUGACGUUUCCAAAUGGGUAUGGUAGAUCUAUAAUGAGUACACCAUGGGUUGAACUUGGUGGAAAAGUAGCGUUGCUCUACCAAGUGCACGCCCAUUGUUGUGUACUAAUGAAACGAAGAGUCUACGAUGCUCAGGUAACAGUCAGUUGUCCGAAGACGGGUUAUUGCGCCGACAUUGAGUUCUUAACGAAGCCUUUCUUUGGUGGUAAAGCACAUCGAAUAAAUGCGAACAUCUAUCGAGUCGGCUUCAAAAAGCCAAUACUGAAUAUAAAAGGUGAAUGGAAUGGUACGAUGUACGCGCGACCGUUGAAUGGUGAUGAGUAUGUUUUCAUUGAUGUCAAAGAGAAGACCGAAAGCAAAAAGGAAUGUGUGCGAGUGAUGGAACAAGGUGAGCGUGAGUCACGUCGUUUGUGGAGGCACGUAACGGUUGGUCUGAAACGAAAUUGUAUCACCUUAGCGACGAACGCAAAACGUUGGAUUGAGCAACGACAGCGAGAUGAAGCACGACAACGCCAGGAGAACGGUGUCAAGUAUGAGCCAACGUUGUUUGUGGCUGAAGGUGAUGAUUGGUUGUAUAAGGAUGCAUUGAGCUUUCAAUAA